CAAGUGAAGUUAAUUUAUCACUUUACCGCCGUUGGCCGUCGUGCUGCUCCCCAAAAUCCCGAAUUCCCCGCUCUUGCGGCCGCGACACGCGCCCCGCAAGCAAAACGCCGAGCCCCAUACUUCGGCAUCAGCGUCUAGUAGCACUGCGCCGUGGACCGUGGUGCGACCGCGCGAGCAACUGAGCAUUGCUGAGUCGCUGGAGGAGCGGGGCCGUGAAACCCUAGUGGGACCCACGGGUCUCGGCGGUGGCGGCGCGGCGGCAGGAUGAAUCCGGCUGUCACUGGAGGGACAAUGGUGAGGGGUUCAGCGCCGGCAGCGGAGGUCGGGGGCCGCGCGGCAGCGAGGUGGUUCACGUACCGGCGGGCCACCGUCGCCGUCUGCCUUGCUAACCUCGUCGCCGUGCUGCUCGUGCUCCGGUUGCUCUACACCUCACCCGUCUCCGUCGUCUCCGCGCGCAAACGUGCGCCUAUGCUCCACAGCUACCUCAUUGUUGGUUCGGUUUUUAUCCGAUUGUUUUGAUCUAAUCUGGUGAUAAUCUCGGCAUGCUUGCGUGCUUCAGGCGUGAAUGGGAAGUGUUCGGAUGAGCAGAUUAGGCGCGUGGUGGAGUCCAUUCGGAUUCGUCGCGCCGCUGAGCCAGUCGAUCUGGUGGAAGCGAUAUGUACUAUUCUUCACAAUUCUUAUGUCUAGAACCCCCCUUUUCAUUUAGUAGUAUUGUACGGUGGUUUUCUGAAAUUUUUCGUUUGGAAUUUCGCGUCUGCGCUGGGAAGGUGAGGAAGCUGCAGAAGGUAUCUGCAUUGGAUGAGAAGAGACGGGAGAAGCUUCCGCUUGAGCUGAAGCAGAAAGUUUCUUAUGAUAUUUUGCAGAAGCUGCGUGAUUUGGGAGAGAACACCAACACUACUGAACAACAAGAAGCUAUAUAUUCCUGGCGCAUUGAGAAGCUGAAAGAUAUCAGAAGUCCAUCUGCUCAGAACUUGUCAAAUUUAGUCCUCUCUAGUAAAGAAUCAAGAAUGUUAAAACAAGCCUCGGAGCACAACUGGGAUAUGCUAAGGGAGGACAUUGGUCUUUGGGAACCUGUCAAUGUAUGGCAUACUGAACAUGAUGACAAGCCUCAGAAUGAGCCAGAAGAAGAAGAGAUAAUAGCAGGUCUGCCUUUGCCCCCUGAGUGUAAUGCUGAACUACAUUCUGAUUAUGGUGGUGCUGCCGUUAGAUGGGGUUUAACACACCAUAAAGAAAGUGCUGCUGAUUGCUGUCAAGCUUGCCUAGAUCAGGCCAAGAGAGCUAAACCUGGAGCAUUAAGAUGCAAUAUAUGGGUUUAUUGUUCAUCAGAGUAUGGAUGCUACUCACCUGACAAAUAUGAACAUAAGCAUCAAGAGUGCUGAUUGAAACAGGUAUUGCAUGAUUGUCAACUCAUCUCCCUAUAUAUUUAACCAUUGAAACUCUAAUCUGGUCUUCGUGCACCUUUUAUGUUAGUUUAGAAAAGGGUGCCGAGUCACAAGUCAUUAUUUUUAGUACUUCAGAUUGUUUUGCAUAAAUGAUCUGAAUUUUGGAAGCUCUUUUCUUUACAACCUUUAGAGAUUGGAGAAAACACCAAGUUCAUUCUAGCCAACAAGAAUAAGUUCUAUCAUUUCCUUUUCUUUCUUUUGGUAUAUAUUUGCUCUGUAUGAAUAUAUAGUAUAGUCCGGAAUGCUCUGGUACCAAAGCAUUCCGUUCCAAGGGCCAAACCAGAAUGGUGACUGGAAUUUGUUACUCCCUCCGUCCAACAAAAGAUGUCUCAACUUUGACCAAAUUUGAAUGCAUCUAUACACUAAGUCAUGUCUAGACACAUCCAAAUUUUGACAAACUUGAGACAUCUUUUGUUGAACAGAGGGAGUAAUAAGUAUGGUCAGUAUGAUACCUUAGUCAUUGGAGCUAAAAUUCUACUGGAUGAUUUAAUCCUUGGCAGAGUAAUGCAACACAAGAAACUUAUAUGCACAUCAUUUUACUUUGCUGCUUUUAACUUGUAGUAAUCUUAGUAGGUUUGGCACUUCUAUUGUGAAUUUACGACCUACAAAAUCUAAUUGCUUGCCAGACAAAAUGAUGUUAUGCCUCUCCGAUACUUCGUCAAUAGAUGAGCUGAUCCUUCAGUGCUGCUUGAUCAUGGAAUUCUACAAUUCAUGUUAAGUUUAGAACAUGAUUUCAUAAUUUUGUUUGCGAGGUAGGAAAAUCAAUCUGAUAGUAUGUCUGCUGUGGAUCAGUUCAUCUGAUUAGAGGAACUGGAGUGAUGGUUAUAUCUACAAUAUCCCCCUUUCUCCUUGAUGGAUGGAUAAUCCCUGUGUUCUGUUCAACAGUACAUCUCCAAGGGAGAGUGUACCAGCCGAGAACCAAACUUACUUGCUUACAGCUGUCCAAAAAUCUGAAUUCUUAUAUGGAGAUAGGAAAUAUAGAUUGACCAUGUGUCUAAUUUCAAAUAGGAUAUAUUGAUUCCAAUUGAGCUGUCAACAGUAGUUAAUUCAAGUUGGAUUGUGCAUUUAGUCCAUUAAACUUCGUGGCCGACUUUUAUUUCUCCUGAGCUCUGGUUUGAAUUUGCAUAUCAAAAUGCCAUGAGUCAUGACAUGGUUAAUACAUGUAAAAAAAAUUCAGAUUUUUGUAGGAAUUCUAGUAGGUCUUCUAACUUCUAAGCGUGGACAUGGUGCCCUACAAUCUCCGGUGUCCGGUGCACAAGAUACUACUGACCUCGAGGAUCGACAGUACUCUCUUUAUUCCAUAAUGUACAAGUUAUAGAAGACAAGAGUUUGAGCAAAAACCACUUUGAUAGCACAUCAUAUCUGGUUUAUAUGAUAUGAAAGUGGUAUCAUUAUAUUCAUAUUCUGUGAACUAAUACACCUAAAUAUCAUAUGUUCUAACUUUAAGAA